AUUACAUUCGACUUCCUGUACUCUUUGCCGGUGUGUAUGUACACAUGAUUGUCAAAAAUUGAAGUACAAACAAUCUCUUUGUUAAUUAUUAGCUACAUAUCCAGACAUAGGCUACAUUAUACGAUUGCGUUUCAGUAAAACACUACAGAUAUAGUCCCGCUAGACCUGAGAGUUGGCUUGGGUAGCUAAGUUAACUAUCCUAGUCAGCUAGCCUGCUUGAUAGCUAAGAAGUCAACCAAUAUCUCAAGGAUUGUGAUAUAGUUUGUCCCCGGGAUUGCUGUAAACGCGCUUGUCUUCGUGAGGAAAAUAGACAGCUGGCACACCCUUCGGAUUAAACCAUGGCAGCUGUCAACGAAGGUGCACUGAAGAAAAUGCUAUCAAAGCAAUACAAGUACAGAGAUUUGACAGUGCGCGAAAUUAUCAACGUUAUCUGCCAUUAUAAAGACCUGAAGCCGGUUAUGGACGCCUAUGUAUUUAACGAUGGGUCCUCCAGAGACUUGAUGAGUCUUGCAGGAACAGUGCCAGUAAGUUACAGAGGAAAUGUGUACAACAUCCCUAUAUGCCUAUGGCUCCUGGACAGCUACCCCUACAACCCCCCAAUCUGCUUUGUGAAGCCCACCAGUACCAUGAUGAUCAAGACGGGCAAACACAUCGAUGCCAAUGGCAAGAUCUACCUUCCCUACCUACACGAGUGGAAACAUCCCCAGUCAGACCUGUAUGGUCUCAUCCAGGUGAUGAUUGUGGUGUUUGGAGAGGAGCCCCCGGUGUUCUCGCGCCCAACCACACAGCCUCCCUACCAGCCAUUCCAGGCCACUGGGCCCCCAAACUCCUCCUACAUGCCAGGUAUGCCAGCAGUGUCACCAUAUGGGUCAGGUCAUGCUGCCAGUCCUGGUAGUGGUUUUCCUGGAUACCCAGGUUACCCCAGUGGAAACGCAUACCCUGCUACCGCAGGUUCAACUCACUACACUCCCCAGACUCCUGUCACCACUAUAGGCCCCAGUCGCGACGGCACAAUUGGAGAGGACACAAUCCGUGCCUCCUUGGUUUCAGCAGUGAGUGACAAGCUGCGCUGGAGGAUGAAGGAGGAGAUGGACCGGGCGCAGGCCGAGCUGGAUGCUCUGAAGAGGACCGAGGAGGACCUGAGGAAGGGCCAUCAGAGGCUAGAGGAGAUGGUGUCCCGGCUGGACCAGGAGGUGGCAGAGGUGGACAAGAAUAUUGAGCUGCUAAAGCGUAAGGACGAAGAGCUGAGUGUGGCCCUGGAGAAGAUGGAGAGUCAGUCAGAGAACAAUGACAUUGAUGAUGUCAUUGUGCCCACGGCACCGCUCUACAAGCAGAUCCUCAACCUGUACGCUGAGGAGAACGCCAUCGAGGACACCAUCUUCUACCUGGGGGAGGCACUGCGGCGUGGGGUCAUCGACCUGGAAGUCUUCCUCAAGCACGUGAGGCUCCUGUCCCGAAAACAGUUCCAACUGAGGGCAUUGAUGCAGAAAGCCCGCAAGACCGCCGGCCUCAGCGACCUCUACUGACCCCUCAGAACACACCUCUCUCUGACACAGCACCGCCUCUCCUUUGUGAUUCACCCAGCACCCCCCCACCACCACCACAUGAAUUCACCUGUUCCCCUGACCCCGCCCCCUUCAGUGAGUCACAAUACUGGCUGUGCUGUCCCUCCUACUCUGCACUGCGCGCUGGCAUAUGCUCCAGUCAUCUCAGAGAUGCACACAGCCAGAUACAGUAGGCUUCUCUUGUGGGAGAAUACCAAGUAUCAACCAUGAAAACUGGACUGUCAAUUUAUAAAGUGGGUAACUCUGAAAGGAGGCUUUGGAAAGAAGAAAGAUAGAUAACUGCAGGUUUACAUAUGGUUAGAGUGCUGUCAUUUUUUUCUUUAGAGAAAGCACCAACAUCUGUGGUUUUUCCUCUGCUUGGUAAUGCAUCUUCUGAAAUGAUCUGUCAAAGACUGAGUGCCGUGAUGUGAACGCUGAGGCUUCACUGCUGAGGAGUGGGAUGCUUUGGGAUCGCAUUGACCUGACUAUCUCAACUCUUCACAUACAGUAGGUAGGAAUCUAACCGGUUUUGUGAACCCUUCAGGACAGUAAGUCAAUAGAUUGCCUUCCAAAGGUUGUUUUUCUGUAGAGAAGGUGCUGGGGCAGGGGAAUGGGGCUAGGACUGAAGAUUUGUCCAAAGGCAAAUGAUAUGUCAGAGUGUUUUCACCUUUUCUGGCCAUUCUGGUGCGAUGAACAAAGGUCUUGUUCAUUUUUUUUUGUAACUUGAUGCAGAGCCAUAUAAUCUAGUGGCUUCUCAAUAGCAAAGUCACUCGAAAUGUAUCUAGAUCCAGUGCUACCAUUGCUUAAACUGGCAACACAGAGCUUAGCAUCACUGUGCUGUUUGUCAGGAGUGGCACCCCUAACAUGAUCAGUAAGGUGUAAUGUGACUGUCAGUUUAGCGGCCUAAGGACCAGAGAGAUGCAUCACCAGGGAAUUCUUGACAUUCAUUUGGUGGGAUCUUGAUCUUUAGGAGGGACACAUUUAGAAGGCUUAUUUUCUGAACGCCAUUAAGGAAAGGUUAGACUCAGAUAAAAAUAAACUGCCACAACCUUUUCAAGCCGAACAGGAGAUGCUAUAACACAGUUCUGUAUAACAUAUGGGUGUCCUGGGUCAGACACAGCAUUUAUUAUUUGGACCGGAUCGUUGUGGGUAUGAUACCACCUACUCAGGUUCAUACAAGCGGAGGUGACUGACAUUACUUCCUGUGGGGCCUUGCAGCU